AUGUGGGUGCAGCCAUACAACUCCCCUGUGACUCUAAAAACGCCUCACGAAGAGUGCGGGACUGUGUGUAGUGUUGGACAAUACAGCUCUCAAUCGGAUAGCUACAGACCGGCUUCACAUCCAGAACCCUUCCUUCACCCAGAUCAAACUCUUGGUGUCCACGAUAAUGUCUGUCAGUACUACAACCCUCUCAGGCAACUUCAGUGGGGAAGCCCACAGUACUGGAUGUGUGAAAAAAGGCUGCCCCAGCCGAAAAACAUGAUGGUGUCUACAGCCCAUGACAGAAACGCAGACACUGGUGAGUUGGACCCCACUCAGGUGCAAAAGUCUCUUAAAAGGACCGGGGGGAGGGGAAGCUGGCCCCAGUUUAUUCCCUGGGGACCAGCCAGUAUCCAGGUGGCACUGAGUCGCAAAUCACCUUACGUACCCACAGCCCCCCGUGUCUCAGGCCUCAUGCUUGCCAACCACACCAAACAUACAUCGAGAGCACAAGGAGACACUGGAGAAUAA